UGAAAAAAGUCAUUAUUUGUACAUAACGAUCCGGGUGACACUAUUCUUAUGUAAAUACAUGACGGUUUAGAGUUGGAGAAAAGAGCUUCACUUAACUUAAAAGGCAACAUAAUUAGCCUUGCUAUUUAGAAAGGUUCGCAGAAAAAAUUCCAGUAGUCUAAUUGACAAAUUGGUAAAAUGGACAGGAUUUGUUCUACUUAUUACUUCAACCUCACUCCCAACUAUAGAAACAACCCCAGUAUGUUACGGCAAGGUCGACAUUGUGUUUACAGUAGAUGCAUCAUAUAGUAUUGUUGAUCAAAACUUUGAUAAAGUGCGGGAGUUUUUGCUGAACUUAUGUGCAAAAAUGCAGGUGGAUUUAGGGGAGGAACUGCGCGCCGGACUCAUCUUCUAUGCAACAUCGCCUUAUACUGGGGAAAACAUGGUCUCUCUUAAUGACGAUCAAAGCAAAAUUGCAAAACUUUUACAGACUUUCCAACGUGUGAAGAGUAAUAUUAAAACAUUUACGGGAGAAGCUCUAGGGGUAGCACAUGAUAUGUUUGCAAACCAUGCCCGCGAUGAUGCAUAUAAGAUACUUAUUCUUAUCACUGACGGCGAGGCAAAUGAUAGAGCUGUGGCAUAUGCAAAUGCUGAUAGAAUCAAAGCACUGGGAGUUCAUAUCUUGGCGAUAGGGAUAGGUUUUGACGGGGAGAAGGUCAAUCGAGCAGAGUUGAAUUAUAUCGCAUCAAGAGUUGAAUCUGUUUACAUCGUCACUUCAAUCACUGCAGAUUUUAUGAUGAGUGUACAGAUGGACGUCUGUGGACAAACCCUGGCUAGCAAAGCGCCUCCAACAGUUGUUAAAGAUGAUGUGAAGAUGGAUUUGUAUUUUUUAUUGGACGAAGCAAUGUUGGCAGAAGAUUUUGAGAUCACAAAACGCUUCAUGAAAAAUGUACUUCAAACGUAA